GAGAAGCCGCCUUUACGUUCAGGUGCGGCGGCGCCGUUGUCGGGGUCUUGUUUGUGAGGAGAGUGCGAGAUGUUCCACCUCGCGUUCCGUAGAGGCCAGGUGACGUCAUCUGCUGGAGGGCUCUGCUGCGGCUUUGCAGAGUGAAGUCAGCCCCGUUGGGCGAUGGAUGGAGGAGUGGCGGCUGCAGUAGCAGCGGGGCCAGCAGGGGUUGAAGAGGACUGGAGAUGCCUGGGAUGCGGUGACAGCGUUGCAGCUGGUCAAAGACUUUACAGGACAGUCAACGAAGCUUGGCAUGUCUCCUGUUUCCGCUGCUCUGAAUGUCAGGACCUUCUCACAAACUGGUACUAUGAAAAGGAUGGGAAACUCUAUUGCCACAAGGACUACUGGAGGAAGUUUGGAGAAUCUUGCCACGGCUGCUCUUUGCUAAUGACUGGACCUGUGAUGGUUGCUGGUGAAUACAAAUACCACCCAGAAUGCUUUGCCUGUAUGAGCUGCAAAGUGAUAAUUGAAGACGGUGACACGUAUGCUUUAGUACAACACUCUGUUCUCUACUGUGGCAAAUGUCAUAACCAGAUCGUGCUGACGCCCAUGAUAGAAAGGCUGUCCACGGAGUCCUUAUGUGAGCAGCUGCCUUACACGCUGACGCUCAUCUCCAUGCCGGCAGCCACUGAUGGCAAGAGAGGGUUGUCGGUGGCUGUCGAAAGCGGCUGUUCAGACUAUGCUACCAGCGUCCAAGUGCAAGAAGUUAACCGAAUGCACAUUAGUCCCGACGUCCAGAAUGCUAUUCAUCCUGGAGACAGGAUCUUAGAAAUAAACGGAACCCCGAUUCGCACACUACAGACAGAAGAGGUGGAGGGCUUGAUUCGCAAGACAAGCCAAACUCUUCAGCUCUUGAUUGAGCAUGACCCCGUCUCUCAGCGCUUGGGCAGGCUGCGCCUGGACUCCCGACUGCCCGCACGCAUUAAAAAGCCCUCCUCUCCCUGUCCUAUUUCUGCUCUGGAUCUGAAGGAGAAUCUUCAAGGAACAUUGCGUCGUCGCUCACUCAGACGAAGCAACAGCAUUUCUAAGUCUCCAGGCCCCAGCUCCCCAAAGGAACCACUUAUCCUCAGUCGUGACAUCAGUCGUUCUGAAUCCCUCCGCUCCUCAACCAGCUGUUCUCAACAGAUCUUCCGACCUUGUGAUCUGAUCCAUGGCGAGGUGUUGGGGAAAGGGUUUUUUGGCCAAGCUAUCAAGGUGACUCACAAAGCAACAGGGCAAGUGAUGGUGAUGAAGGAGCUGAUCCGGUGCGAUGAGGAGACGCAAAAGACCUUCUUGACGGAGGUGAAGGUGAUGCGCAGCUUAGACCAUCCCAAUGUGCUGAAAUUCAUUGGUGUGUUAUACAAGGACAAGAAACUGAAUCUUCUGACUGAGUACAUUGAAGGAGGGACUCUGAAGGACUUUCUCCGGAAUGUGGAUCCAUUCCCCUGGCAGCAGAAGGUCAGCUUUGCCAAAGGAAUUGCCUCAGGAAUGGCUUAUCUGCAUUCGAUGUGCAUCAUUCACCGAGACCUGAAUUCUCAUAACUGCCUGAUCAAACUGGACAGAACAGUUGUGGUUGCUGACUUUGGCCUGUCCAGGCUGAUUGUGGAAGAGAAGAAGAAGCCAAUCCUGGAAAAGCCAUCAGCCAAGAAGAGAACUUUGCGUAAGAGUGAUCGGAAAAAGCGCUACACUGUGGUUGGAAACCCCUACUGGAUGGCACCAGAGAUGCUGAAUGGGCAGAGCUAUGAUGAGACAGUGGACAUCUUUUCUUUUGGCAUUGUACUCUGUGAGAUCAUAGGGCAAGUGUAUGCUGAUCCAGAUUGCCUCCCUCGGACACUGGAUUUUGGACUCAAUGUGAAGCUCUUUUGGGAGAAGUUUGUUCCUGCGGACUGCCCUCCUGCUUUCUUCCCCCUGGCAGCCAUCUGCUGCAGACUGGAGCCAGAGAGUAGGCCCCCAUUUUCAAAACUGGAGGAUUCCUUUGAAGCUCUCUCUCUCUAUCUGGGAGAACUGGGAAUCCCUCUUCCCUCAGAACUGGAGGAACUGGACCACAAUAUCAGCACACAGUAUGGGCUGAUCCGGGAUGAGCUACCCAGAAACUUCACUUAGUGCUUGUGACUUUCUCCUGCAUCUUUUCCAUCGAUGGCAGCUUUUGAGGCAAGAACUGCUCCUCACAUACUUCACCAGGGCAUUAAUAAGGCAGGCUUGAUUUUUUUGGCCUCUUCCUCCAUCUUCAACUUUCUCCACCUCUCUCCUGUGGACUUGUGGCACAUUCUGGUAGCAAAGCACGGAGAGGGGCUUGCCUUCCAGUGGCUUCAGUAACUACUUUGAACUGAUUGGAAACACUACCCUUGAGGCCUCCUUUUUUAGGAGGCCAUUUUAUUACUGUGGUGCCUUAGAACUUUAAUAGACUACAAGUUGUGAAGAAGUGUGGGUGUUUUUGCCCCAGGGAGUGCUACCAUGUUUGAGGUGGUAGAACUGUCAAGGAACCCAGAAGUACUGCUUCCAGACAACUCUGCUUCCCUGAUCCAAUGAAGCUUGACUAAAACCCCAGCUACUUAGUAAGAAACUUUGUAGGAGUUUUAGCCUUCCGGUUGCAGCUCUUGGAAUCAGAAAAUGCCUCUGCUGGAGCAGCUCAAACACAAAUCUUCUCCACAGCACGUUGCCCUACUUCUUGACGUCUGUUCACACUACAUCUGCAGAUACCUCCAAAGAGACAUUCAAAAGCACUACACAGACUGCUGAGAACCGGAUACCAUCAGCCUGCCCCGCUGUGGUGGCGGCAGGGGUCUUCGGGGGCUGCGUGUGUCCAUGGGAAUGGCCCUAUACACUGUGGGGUGAACAGGUGAAGUCAUCUCCCAGCCUGAAUACCAACAGUGCCCCAAACACUUUCCAUUUGAAGGUUUCCUAUGUGGCAUAACGGGUGUGGGAAUGGCAACUACAUAAGCGAGAGCCUGAUGUGCUGCGUGUGAGCGAAGAGCCGUUUGCAUCUUGACACUGCUCAGACUUGUCUUGGGAAUGAGAUGCUUCUUUUAUUUGGGACCACGGAUUUGAAGUUAUAAUGUAUGGCAAUAACGACUACCUCUGUCCUCCAUUUCAGGCCUUGUCAGUCAUACCCACCCUUCCCCUCCAGGCCAGAACUGCACUCUUGGAACGCUACUGCCUAUUCCCUGCUGCGUUUGGGCUCUGUAUUCAUGUCCCUGUUUUCAAAGGAGUAGGAACAAUUUCUGGCAUGCCUCCUUGGGAAUGUGGCUCAUUCACUACAUGGUUGACCUCAUUAGAUUUUUUUUCCUUGUUACGAGACAGCAUCCAAACUCCUGGGAAAACCCAGUUUGACAUCUGAACCUGCUUUUGGUUCCCUUUCAAAGUAAAUUCUUGCUGUUCUUUCCUUAUCUAGCCUUGGGGCUUGGUGUGGAGUGUGAGAACCAGAACUUUCUGCUUCGAGUACUCAAAACCCAUGAAUCCUCUUAUCUCUAGAGAGCCAAGUCUUUUAAUACUCAAGUUUUUGUGCUUAAUCUGUGUUUUUAAAAGACACUGGCCCUUUCCCUGUGGUGGGACAGUGGAGAGAAUUUGCCAGGUCCAGCAUCUUUAGGUCAGAUUUUGUUCCCACCCUCUCAUCUGCAUACAAUGAGAUGAAAUGGACACUCUGUCCAUCUUAGGAAAAACUUGGAUCAUGUGUUCAGGAAAUUCUGGGCUCUUGUGAUUGCACAACAAAAUGUUCUAUGACUAAAUUAAAAGCAAUAAUAAACUCUAUCCUAUGAAUGCA